AUGCACGAGAAAGUACCAUCGCGAAAAAUUGGAACUACUAAACCAUAUAUGAGCACAAAUAUGCAUUUCAAUAUGACUACGAAAGGCAACUAUUCUACUCAAAUAUACAAGGACGGUCCAGCUAUAGUAAAUGACUACACAGAACAGAAAAUAAGCAGUUCCGAUGGAUUAGGAAAUAAUUUGACUCGCCAUCGGUCAUAUGACAUUAAACCAUUACGUACGGAAAACAGCUCAAGACGAUUCACAACGAGUGAACAAACAACUUUUAACAUUGCUCUAAACAUACCACAAUCUGGUUUUAUGGAUACCACCAACCGUGGUUAUGCAGCAAAAAGUACCAUAGCACCGUUUUCAAUGAAGCCUGCUAGUGUGGGACAAAACAGUUUUACUAGCUUUUUUAACGAUGAAUAUGGUACCAUGAGGGCUCAAACAAGUCAUAUAAGGCAACCGGAUAGUUCUAACCAUGAAUUAUCAAUGGCAGCAAUUUCCCGUAAAAUUUCCAAUGAACGUAAUAAAAGUGGCCAUCGUAGUUCACAAGAGGAGAUAUCUGGGCAAGAAUAUAUGAGACGUCUUCUUCAAGCUCAUCAGGUCGUUGAUGAGCUGCUUAAAUCACGGGGUUUGGUACUGGAAGAUGAAAUUGACUAUUUGCGGAACUGGCGUCAAAAAAUGAAUCGAGAGCCAAAAAUUGAAGAGCGAAAUGCAGUGAAUGCUUCUGACCGAGUAGCAUCCAAAAAUGCUGAAAGCUUGGACACUUCAGAGACUUUUCAACGGCGUUGUAUAUCAAACACGUCUGAUUCUGGAUUGUCAAUGGAUGCUGAUUCAGAAAACGAACUACGAGAUAGCCCAAAAUUAGAAGAACUUAAUUCACAAAAUUUUAUGGUUGCAGAUUUAUUAUCAUCCAAAAUGCAGGAAACAACUCCCGUAAAAUCGGUAAAAGUUAAUAUCGUAAAAGCAAAGAAGCAUAAGAAUGUAUGCUUGAAAGUGAUAAUCAGAAAGCCGCAACACUGUUGUCUAUAUAUGGAUGUGAUUGAAAAAAAAGAAGCAGUAAGUGAAAAAACGACAAAUUCCAAUGUAACAAGAAAUUUAAUGAAAAGGUGCAAUAAAGGACUACGAAUGAUUGGUGGCCAAACGGAAGGAGUCAAAAAUAUAAAUCAAACUCACACAUCCGUGAAAUCAAAUGAGAAUUUUCUCACUCAAAACAAAAAACUAAAUAAAGACCAGAAAAUGGAGGCUCCAACAGUACUUGAACAGUUAACAUCAACUUCAAGCCCAGAAUCAAGCAGUGCAAAAUCUAAUGAGCCAGAAACGGCCAAGAAACACAAUGUCUUUAUAUCGAAACUGAAAUGUGAGACAGUAAAUAUAUGCUGCUGUUUUGUAAAUAAAUUUUACCGCUUAGAUAGAACGACAAUCACUUUAUCAAUACCACAUUGCGCGACUGCUAAACAAAAAAAUAUUGCCGUUAGCGACAAGAAAUUUUUGGACAAGACGAAAAAGGGACUGAAAUCAAAAUGCAACAAAGAUGAACCAGUGUUUACUUUCUUUCUUGCAAAGACGGAGAAGCCAGCAUGUAAUACGAAAAUGUUUCCAGAAUUGCAAAAUAUGGAAAAAACAAACAAAAUUAGAAUAGUGCGAAAAGAAGAUGAAGUGGUUAAAAGCAAAGCUAAGAUGGCAGAAAAAGAUUUGAAUAAGACCGAGAAACGUUCUGAACUCCCAAUUCUGAUAAAGGAAUCUGGAAAGAAAGUGAAAGCACCGGAAGAGGGCGCUCGUUUAGUUCCAGUAUCACAUAUACCAAAUCAAGCACGAAAAACUUCUAAUAGCAAUAAGCAAGUAACUCUUUCAAAAAAUUUAUAUCUAAAGUCAAAAUUGCCCCAAUCAGAAGCAACAAUGACAAUACCGUUAAGAUCACAUAAAUUAAAGGUCACCAAACUAGUGACGGUUAAAGAGAUGACGGAUAAUAAAAAGCACCAGCGUGAAGAAUUGAUCAGAACGAACAAUCCAUCAGUACUGAAAAAAAAGGAAUGUUUUGAACUAAAGAAAACUCAAAAAACACUACAGAAUUGCACCACAGUAACAAGCAAAUACUAUCAGAAAACACUCCGAUCGAUCAGUGGAAAUGAAAAUAAUGCGAUGACAGAGUUCGAGCGCAAUGCAAGUAUUGAUAUACGCCGAGCACGAGAGCAUCUGAGGUGCAUUAAUUUUAACAGGAACGGUGUAAAGUUGGAAUCAAAUACAUCCUUCGUUCACAGGAUCAAUGAAGAGCCAGUGAAGUUAUCAAGCAUAACAAGCUUAGGAGCUUCUUCGGAGCAGAGUUCCUCAGUUUUAUUAGUGGUAAAGAAGAAAGCAAAGAAAAAAGUGUCUGGAAUGAAAAUAGAGGACUCGGAGGAUCGACCAGUGGGAGGAACGAGUACUGCAUCUAUUGAAAAAGAAGGAUCUCAUGGUGGUGGAACAACUGCAGAACGAAAUAGUGAUAUUUUAGACAGAGAAUUGAUUAAUGCAUACAGACGCACUCAACGCAUUCCCAAACCUCAGGCCAAAAUUCCAGCUUGGAAUGUGUAUGACGAACGAAAGCUAGCAAUAGAUACCAUAUGGAAUUCACCAAAACUGCACCGCAGAACUCUCUCCACUACAACACCAGUACCCUGCUUUAUUCGUACUCGUACACCAGCACCUAUCGAUGUUACUGCCACCUUAUCUACACCUGUUCCUUCUAUUGCUCUUUUGCGUCACAUCCCUGCAAAUCAUUUACCAGUGACCCCACCACAAAAAAAUGUUUUGUCAAACGGUAAUGGUAAAACCAUCGCGGGUAGUUUGCAACAGAACAUGUCAAACAGUCGGUUUGGAGUUACGCUAAAACGUGUCGAUCGUGCCACGCUACAGAAAAGCAAGCCGCGUGGUGCUAUAACACAAUCAGCACCAAAGAAACCUUGGGUACCAAAGUGGCGUCGAAUACAACGCACAGAAGAAGAGGAAGAAGCGGAAACGAUACCAGUUGUUGAAAUGAAUAAGGACGGAGAUGGAAGUGAUGGUGAUGAACAGGGAGAGAAGCAAAUGACCAUACUGUUAUCAUCAUCGCAGGUUCCCAUUCAGAAGGAUAGAAAGGAUAUGACCGAAGCUGAAAAAGCCAUGAUGGUGGCAAAAAGACGCCAAAUAGAAGACGAAACUGCAAAGCUACAAGAAUAUGAGGAAAAACGUCGAGUUGAACGUGAACGGGAGAAAGAAGAAUUGAGGAAAUUGAAGGAAAAAAAGGAACGAAGAAAACAUGAACGAGAAGAGGAAGAGCGACAGUUUCAAGAAAGACUUAAGCAAGAAGAAGAAAGAAGAAAUCAGGAAGAGGGGGAGCGCAAAGCUAAAAUGGAAGCAGAAAAACGUAAAAAGGAUGACGAAAAACGAAAACGCCAACAAAUGUUAUCAACUCAGUUUACGAAUACAGAUUCGGGACAAAUGGGACGUAAUUUUGUUAUUCCUCAAAAAUCCGACAAGGCCGAUAAAUUCGGCAACAUCGUUCAGGCCAAACAUGAAAUGAGUAUGACAAAAGAGCAACAAGAAGAAGCAAAGCGUAAUUAUUUGGUAUCUGUGAAGCAUACUAUCGAAUUCGAAAAAAUUGCCCCGGCAGAGUUGCGUGAAAAAAUACGUCAAUUACACCAACGCAUUUGUAAGCUGGAGGCCGAUAAAUAUGACUUGGAAAAACGGCAUGAACGUCAAGAAUACGACUUGCGUGAGCUGAACGAACGCCAACGUCAAGUGGCACGUAAUAAAGCACUCAAAAAGGGACUUGAUCCAGCUAAUACAAAUUCUAGACAUCCGAAAUGUGUCACAUCAUCUUUUAAAGAUGCAACUUUAGCAGUCAGGUUUAUACCAGCUACAACGAAAUCAGAAAUGACUGCUGAUGUAAAGGGUUUUUCUUUUCUUAAAAAAACUUCACAUCCAUGCUUUCCAAAUGUUCCACCACCAUCAACUGUUUACAAGAAAAUGAUUCUCUCCUACGACAAGGAGGACGAGCCAGAAGAUGAGGGUGAUGAAAUCGGUGAACAAGAAGAAGAAGACGAAGAAGAAUAA